CCAAGCCAACAAACGUACAUUCUUGUAUAUUUACUAAGUGAUUCUUCUACUACUUUUGGCCAAUGUAGUGAAGUUUAUGGUUCACUUGAUAAAGUGAAUAAAAUACUACGGCCUUUUCUUUCACCUUCUUUUCUAAUUCACUUUUUUAAUACAGCCCGCAUCUGUUGCGACAUGCUUCUCAUUCCAACCCUUCUAUAUCCGGUUAUGUUUACCGAGCUGAUAUAGAAAUUCACUUGUAUUUCUGGAGUGUUAACUAUUUACCUUGAGUAGCGACAAUUUAAACCACGUAUCCCAGGACAUGAUUUAAAAUUCACAUCUUUCACGAAAAUAGAUUUUAUAAUCGUUUAUAUUUACCGUGAAAAUUGAAUGUUUUCACUAUACUUCAAUUCGAUAUAUACAUAUAUAUAUAUAUAUAAAAGAGAAAGAGGCUAAUACUAUAAAUGUUCUGUUGUUAGCCCUACCUUGAUAUUCCGUCGUGACCUUAAUUUGAGGACUUAAUCUCGACUGAACUCGAAGUAGAAGUUAUAAUGAUUUUUGUCCUCAUAUUUUUGCUUACUACUCUGAAUUCUGGUGAAACUACAGACUGUCCAGCAUCUGGAAAAGUAACGCCUGAUAAUCUUCUACAUUAUUCUCUUUAUAAGACAGACUGUUGUAAUGCGAAUUUGGAAGUCUUCAAGCCUUUUUCUGAUGGAAAGUUCCCAGAAAAGCCGAAGAUUCUUCAACUAACAGACUUCCUGCAAAAUGGGAAAAAAGGAAUAAAAGCUGUGUGGAGUGCAAAUUUUACCCGUUUAAAAGGAUUUAGAAUUGAAUAUGAGUUUCAAGAUUCUAGUAAAAACAUCUGUAGAAUUUUGGACUUUUCUAAAUCUCUGAAGAACAAAUCCAUUAGUAAUUAUAACUUUGAGUUUGAAAUAUAUCCUAUGAGAAAGAAUAGAAUAUAUUUGGUUCAUCUUUACUCAUUGCCGGAAUCUGGAAACAAUUAUCUUCCUGCUCGGAAAGUUGAUACAUUCAUGUGUCGUGAAUGGACAACCCCAAUAGAUUAUAGACUAAAAGAGGACAAGUUAAUUGUGGAUUUUGAACAAGGACCUUCAAAGUGUAAUAUAAAAAUGUAUAAAGUAGCACUUCAUUAUACAAAUUCAACCAUUUUAAAUAUGGUGGCUGUCAAUUCUUCCAAGACAACCUCAAGAUUAACCCAUGACUUUCUUGGAAUAUGUCCUGGAAGCUACUACAUAACUGUUGAAAUAUUUGAUGAAAAUCCCUUUACCAACUGUAUUUGUAUAAACCUUAAUGAAAAAUGUGGUGAAGGCUGUGUUCGGACCCGAACCAAUUCCAUUGAAAAGAUUGGUCAAUCAUGCUUAGAAGUGACAACAACUACAAGUCCUUCGACAAAAGAACCUCCAAACCCCCCAAAAUUAACCAUUUUCCUUGCUGUUGUUGGAGCUACGGUUGGUCUGUUACUCCUAGGUCUCACUGUUUAUUGUUUAAAGCGAACACUCCAAGAGAAAAGAGGGCUGUUAUUUUAUACAGAGGACCAUUCUUACCACUGUGAAGCCAUCAAUCAGUUUAUAUCUUUCAUGGAUAAGAAUAAAUGUAAACUAGAAGUUGCUGCUCACUUAGUGAAGGGUGAUAAUCCAUUAAAACUGAGUUUUGAAAUUCAAAAGUCUGAUUUUAUAAUUCUUGUUUACUCCAAAGCUCUUCACAAAAGAAUUCAGGCUUGGAAAAGCAACCAAGAUUACGUAAAUUUUUUAAAAGAGGAUAACUCUGCACUGUUGACAACUUCUAUUCUCAAGGAGCUUCAAGCAAGCAACAAACUUACCAUUUGUAUGUUUCCUCAGGCACCAAACUCCAGUAUCAGCAGUGAAUUUCCUUCAGUUAAGUGUUACACUCUUACAAAAGAGUUGAACUUACUUAUUCAAGAAAUCCAUGGAACAGGAGUGGAUCAAGAGCUUGCUGUUCUUGUCAGAAGUAACAAACUCAAUCAUAAAUUUAACUCUUUGACAAACACAAUUAAAGAUGCUGCCAACUUUGAAGAAACUAGUCCCAAUUGGUUUGAAGACAAAUAUAUUUGCCCCAAGAAAAUAGAGUCUUUAAAUGAAAUGCCUGAUUACAGUGAAAAAUUUGUGGAUGGAGGUGAACAUAGUAUUUACUCUCUCCCUGUAAGUGACAUAUUGGAACAGAUAAAUGCAAAGAAUGAUUCUGUAGCUUAAAAGACCCACAGGCGGGAUUCACUUGUUUUAACAAAGAUUCGGUUUCAUUUUUAUAUUUUUAUAUCUCAUCCUGGAUCCUUCUUGUUUUUCUUUUACACUCUGCCUCUUUUCUUCACUUACCUGAUGUUCUGCAUUCCUUUGUCUCUCAUAGAAACAGAAACGGCAAAAAUCCACAUUUAACAUUAAAAAAACAAAACAACUUAUAUACUUUUGCCCAUUUCAUUGACAUGUUAGAGAGAGAAAUAAUUAUAUUUUGAUGAGCAAAGUUUCCAAACUUCAGUUUUAUUUUAGCUAAGUCUUCAGUUUUUGAUAUUGAUAAAUAUAUAUAUUGUCAUUUCAGUCUAGCAUGGGUGAUUACCCAAAACCAGAAAUAAACUGCUAUAUUAUUUUAUCAACUCGGGAGGGAUUUGAACUGAGAAUGUAAAAAGAAGAAAUAAUUGCAAAGCAGUUAUUUUUGAUGCUCUAAUAACUCGGUCAGAUACUGCAUAAUUAAAUAUAGUUAAUAAGUGUUUAAUUAGAUUGAAGUGAAGAAUGCAAAUUUUCCUCUAACCCUGGAGGAGCCAACAGAAAACUGCAUUAUUGCAAGAAAAUGUUGGAGAUACUUCCUAUUCAGAGCUAUUGUUUCCACAUAUUUCAAAGUGCUUUCUUGAUUAUUUGUCAUUUCAAUAUUACAAUGUAUCAAGGUGGUGAUCAGGCAGAAUCAUUAGCACAUCAGGCAAUACUCUUAAUGGCACUUCAUUUGUUUUACAUUCUGAGUUCAAAUUUCCCUCCAUGUUGACUUUGCCUUGCAUCCUUUUGGGGUCAAUAAAAUAAAUACCAGUUGAACACUGGGGCCAAUCUAAUUGACUUAACCUCUUCCUCUAAAUUGUUGGCCUUUUGCCAAAAUUAGAAAUUAUUAUUAAGGUAGUGAACUGGCAGAAUUGUUAGCAAACUGGACAAAAUGCUUAGUGGCAUUUCAUUCAUCUUUAUGUUCUGAGUUCAAAUUCUACCGAGAUCAACUUUUUUUCAUCCUUUUGGGGUUGAUGAAAUAAGUACCAGUGAUGCAUUAGGUUGAUGUAAUCAACUAGUCCCGUCCCAUAAAAUUUCAGGCUUUGUGUCUACAGUAGAAAUUAUUAUAAAACAGUUUGAGUUGAUGAAACAGAACAAUAAAAGAAUUAUAUGCUACAAUCAACAGGCAUAUGCUGAAGUUGCUAAAUUCUUUAAUUUUGAUUCUUUGCUAGACAUUAUGGACAUAAGCAUAUCUGAAUCUAUAAGAAGAGAAAUUCCUAUAUUGGUUGGUGCUAUAAAUAUUUAUGUGAUCCAUUUAUUUUUGUAUAUAUUAAGAUAUUGAUUCAUAUAUAAUAAAUAUAUAUACAUAUCUUUAUAAAAAUUUGUUAUCAUCAUACAGGUUUUGAAAUUAUUAAAUGAAAUGUUUCUUUUUUUUUAAUAUUCCAUGCUGAAAGCAAAAUGGAUAUGUGGUAUUAAUUACUAAAACUAGUUGGGUUCACAUUUUUCUUCAUACAAAAACAAUACUCUCCAUUGAUAUGUAGCGAAGUUACAUUUGGUUAUGAAUAGAUUUAAACUUGUUUGGAAAAAAAUUAUGCAUAACAACAAAGCUACAUUUAUGUUUACUGUCAUCCUGUGGAGAUGAACUUCAUUGUUAUUCAUUGAACAUUUAUUUUUAUGAAUUGGUUGAUUUUAUAUUUUCAGAUUCUGGGAUAAUUAAAAUGUUUUCAUUACACAUUGUGAAUUAAUCACUUUUCAUCAUAUAUAUAUUUUUUACUUGCAAACCAUUCCAAAAAUACACUUAAGCCUGUAAUCUUUAAGAGGUUUAUAUUUUUAUACUUUAACCAUUGUUAUCCCUUUUCAGAUUAGACUGGAACUGAAAUUGCCAUUAAAGCAAUAUGAGUUUCUUUCUAACUCUUCUUUUUUUUCUUGCCUAGAAUCUCAUCUUAAUUUUUUAGCUUUCAGAUUACUCUGUCAAAUUUAAUAGUUAUUUAUUCACAUUGCUUUGAAUUAAACCUUCAUUAUCUUGUAGCUUUGAGAUUUCAAUGAUGUAACUGUUUAUUUUUAGAAUGACACUGUAGGCCGAUCUAGUAGGUUUGAACAUAAAAUAGGUCAAACCAGAUAUGGCUGGUUUAAAUGCUAACAAGUUAAUGAAUUUCAACCAACUAACUUUUAUAUAAACUGAUAUUAAAUGCAAUUUGACAAUUUUUAAUUAUUUAUACUAGCAGGGCCCACGAAUAUUUUACGGAAUUAAUGGUGAACUUUUUGGAUUAUUUCUGAAAACUUUAUCCCAAAAACCUGAAAGCGUAGCCUGUGUUGUGUCUGUAUCAAAUGAUAGUUGCUCAUCCGCUAAUCACUGAAAAGUGAAGGAAAUUGGAAUACGAUGGUUACUUAAUGCACUUUGUAUAUACAUUUUAUAUACUUUAUGCACAAUUUCAUAAACUUAAUACACAGCACUCUCCUUCUUUCUCUCUAACUCAUUGCCUACCCUCUUUUUCGCUCUCCUUUUUCUUUCACUCUUCACCUUGCCCUUCAACUAAUCAUGUGAAAGCAUUACAGAUGGGCUAAGUAAGAGAGAGAAAAAAACUUAGUUAAAAAAAAUACACUUUACACACACCACAACCCCUUCAUCUCCCUUCCUUUCCCCCUUCAACUAGUCACAUGGAAAUUUUAUGGACAGGCUAGGUAACAGAAUUAUUAUAAGAUUCCAAUUGAUGUUACAAUAUUUUACCAAUUAUAAUUUCUUUUUAUUUUUAGCAUUUUUGUACAAUAACUCUUAUAGCAAUUUAUUGUGCCAGUUCAUUCCAUUUUAUACUUUUGUACAAUUAUGGUUCUCUAUUUUGAAGUGUUUUGUUGAUUAUGCUUUGUUUAACCCUUUAAUAAAACUGAUCAGAUCCAGCUUCUCACACCUACCCUACAAAAUCAUUUAAAAAAUAAACAAUCACAUCAUCAAAACUACAAAGCUACAUGAUAAUGCAUGAUUAAUUCAAAACAAUGUGAAUAAAUAACAAUACAUUUAAGAGAGUAAUCUGAAUGCCAACGGGUUAAAUAUUUGUUACCAUGACAAUGGGGGAAGGAAUUUUCAUACAUGUUCUGGCUGAAGCAAGAAAUAUGAAAUAGUUUGACAAAUCAUUCACAGAUGUAAGAAAAUAUUUGAUGUACAAAAGGUUUUACUUUUUAAAAGCAUAUUUCCUGUUUAUAAGCAUGUUUCAAUACAUGUGUAUGUUUGUAAAUGUUUAUUUUAUUAAAAUAUUUUUCAAGUUAAA